AUGUCCCACGAUGGCGAUGCCGUGGACGAAGCCAGCAGCUCGGCCCCCGACCUCCAGAUCUUGGGCGAUGAAAUCACGCUGCAGCCCAGCGGCUUCGUCGAGCCCAGGCCUGUCGCCCAGGAGGACAAAGAGGAGGCCCUGAUGAAUCACUCGCACUCGUUUCGCAGCGAGCCGCUUCAGUUCCUUCGCGAAGUCUCGCUGUAUGUGUCUGGCCAGGGAUGGCGAGCCUACGAUCGCGUCAUCGGCCAGCCGGUCUUCUAUUCUGGCUUCUCGGAGAAUAUGAUCUCGAUGGUGCUGUCGGCGCCGCUGCUGCAGAAGCGUAUCGCCCAGCUCGCCGACGAUCGCCUGGCUGUUGAGGAGAGGGAGGGACUGCUAAACAAGAAUGACAAAGACUACGAGACGAAGCGUGCGCAGCGGCGAAAUAUAAUAGAAAGUUGGCUCCAGGAGGUUGCGGAGAAGCUGACGGACAACAUGAUUUGCAAGAUGGAGAGCAACACCUUCAUCCGCGGCGCAUACUACUUGACCAUGCAGCUCGUCACACGCGCCUACCACCAAGGGAUCCACGUUUCCAGCGAGGAGGUUCUGCGGCUACGGAGGGUGGCAGAGCUGGCGGCGAAGAAGAAGCAGAGCAUUGUGUUCCUGCCGAGCCAUCGAUCACACGUCGACUAUGUCUCUCUGCAGCUGAUAUGCUACCGCCUUGGCUUGACAUUGCCUGUGGUCGUAGCUGGAGACAACCUCAACUUUCCGAUUGUAGGGGCUUUCUUGCAGCACGCUGGCGCCAUGUGGAUCAGGAGAUCUUUUGGCGACGAUGCUCUGUACACAGCAGUCGUGCAGUCCUACGUUGAUACUCUGUUGCAGGGAGGCUACAAUUUCGAGUGCUUCAUCGAGGGAGGAAGGUCGCGCACAGGCAAACUGCUGCCUCCCAAAUUCGGUAUCCUGAGCUUCGUCCUAGACAGUGUCCUCUCUGGUCGGGUCGAGGACACCAUAAUAUGCCCUGUCAGCACCCAGUACGACAAAGUUAUCGAGACGGAGGGCUACGUCAAUGAGCUGCUUGGUAUGCCGAAGAAGAAGGAGAACUUGGCUGACCUCCUCUCCAACGGCCCCUCGAUUCUCUCCCUGAAGCUCGGCAGGGUCGAUGUUCGAUUUCACGAGCCGUGGAGUCUGCGAAAAUUUGUCGACAACCAGCUUUCCAAGCUAUCCAGCAUUCCAGCAGGACUCAACACAGACCAGCACAACCCCGAAGUGCGAGCGGUCCGAGAGAAGAUUCUGCGUGCCCUGGGCUACAAAGUCCUCAGCGACAUCAAUGCGGUGUCGGUUGUGAUGCCUACCGCCCUCAUCGGCACCGUACUACUCACUUUACGUGGACGCGGUGUUGGCAAAGGCGAGCUUAUUCGUCGCGUAGAAUGGCUGACGUGUCGCGUUCGAGCCAAGGGGGGACGAGUCGCGCAUUUCGGAAACGCGCCUCUUUCAGAGAUUGUCGACCGAGGACUGGAAGUCUUGGGCAAGGAUUUGGUGGGUGUGGUGGAAGGACUGGCUGAGCCGACCUACUACGCCGUCGACCGCUUCCAGCUGUCCUUUUAUCGCAACAUGACCAUCCAUCUCUUCGUUUACGAGGCUAUCGUCAGCGUGGCCAUGUACACGCGCAUCAAGCGCGGAGGCGGCCCGGCGUUCCAGGAUAUCCCGUACGAGGAGCUCAAGGCGCAGGUUCUCUUCUUGUCUUCGCUGUUCCGCGGAGAGUUCAUCUUUGCCGGUGCCGGUCUCGCCGCCAACUUGGAUGCCACGCUGCGCGGCUUGGAGGCCGACCAUGUGGUUCGCCUUGAUCGGGAUGACCAUGGGAACAUUACGACCAUCGGACUGUCAGACGAAGAGCGCAAGGCGGGGCGAGAAAACUACGACUUUUACUGCUUCCUCAUCUGGCCGUUUAUCGAGGCUAGCUGGCUCGCGGCGGUGUCGUUGAUGGGCCUGACGCCGCCCAAGGAUAAGAACGGCGAUGUUUGGAUCGAAGAGGCAAAGGCUCAGAACAGCGCACAACUGCUCGGCAAGACGCUCUACCACCAAGGCGACCUCUCCUACUUCGAAGCCGUCAACAAGGAAACGCUCAAAAACUCCUACGCCCGCUUCGAGCAGGAACAAAUCAUCAACGUCGUCAAGUCAAAGGACACCAAGAUCCCGCGGCGCCUCCGGCUCGACCCGUCCUGGCGGCCCUCGCGCGACCCCGAGACGGGCGCCCUGCUCGCGGAGGGCAAGCUCUGGGACUUUACGGAGAAGAUUGCGAGGUCGCGGCGCGAGGGCAAGAAUCGGCGUGACGGGGCGACAGUGGCCAGCCGCGUGCUGCGGCUGACGGAUGACCUGGGCAGGAAGCUCUUUGAGGAGGCGGAGGAGGCGGAGAAGAAGGGGGGCAAGGCCAAGGUGCCGAGUAGGCUGAGCAAGGAGGAGCAGGAGGCGGUGGAUCUGAAUGUCAGGAGUGCGAGGAGGAGGAGGACGUUGGAGGGGAGGGCGCAUUUGUGA